CAUUAGUUGACAAAGGGUCAGUCAGGGUGUGCUUGCCUGGAGCCCCUAUUUUACCCCUUUUUCAGGUUCCUUGGAAGAGUGAGAGACCUGAAGCCAUGGUGAGAUAGCCUCAGCGAGCACACACAACGACAGCAAUUCUGACGGGGACUUUUGGUUCUCUACAGAAUUUCAUCUCUCCAUCUUGAAACCCUCCAUUGCACCUAUGCUUUGCAGGCCUCUUCAAAUGACAAGUGUCGAGAUUAUUGAAAGGGGGAAGUGACCCACUCUGAACCCUCAGGGUCUGGAACAGACGCCAAUCGCAAUGGACGCUGCCUGAGGCACCGAAUGCGACAUGGGUCGACAGCUGCCACCUUGAACCUCCAGCGGACAGCACGCAGAGCCACAUCGCUGUGAGAGACCAUCUGGUAAUGCGGCAACGGUCUGCAACUAGCGAACACACGAACAACCUCCUCCAAACCUCCCGCUCUCAAUUCUGGACCGAAUUCUCCCCUAGGCCCCUACGAGGGCCCUAAUAAAGUCAACAUGAGUUCCCUCAAGCAGUUCAUCCGCAACGUACGCGCCGCGAAGACCAUCGCCGACGAAAGAGCCGUCAUUCAGAAAGAAAGCGCAUCCAUCCGUGCCAGCUUCAGGGAAGAGAGCGCAGACCACGGUGUCAGGCGGAACAAUGUGGCCAAGCUACUCUACCUCUUCACGCUUGGCGAGCGCACUCAUUUCGGCCAGAUUGAGUGCUUGAAGCUUCUCGCAUCACCUCGUUUCGCCGACAAGCGGUUAGGGCAUUUGGCAACAAGUUUGCUGCUGGACGAGAACCAGGAGGUUCUCACCUUGGUCACCAACUCUCUCCAAAAUGACCUGCAACAUUCUAAUCAAUACGUGGUCGGUCUUGCCUUGUGUACUCUCGGAAACAUCGCCUCGGUCGAAAUGUCGAGAGAUUUGUUCAGUCAGAUCGAGAACCUGAUAUCCACCGCGAACCCCUAUAUUCGACGAAAAGCAGCCCUCUGCGCCAUGCGGAUUUGUCGAAAAGUACCAGACCUACAAGAACACUUUAUCGAAAAGGCGAGCCAGCUUCUGUCCGAUAGGAAUCACGGCGUGCUGCUCUGCGGCCUGACCUUGGUCAACAGUCUUUGCGAGGCCGACGAAGCCGAGGGCGGUGAGGAGGGAAUUGUCGACAAGUUCAAGCAGUUUGUCCCUGCUCUCGUGAGGAUUCUGAAGGGGCUGGCAUCCUCGGGAUAUGCCCCUGAGCACGACGUCACUGGAAUUACAGACCCCUUCUUGCAGGUCAAGCUUCUGCGGUUGCUUCGUGUUUUGGCCCGCAAUGAUACCCAGGUAACAGAACAGAUCAACGAUAUUCUCGCGCAGGUCGCGACCAACACCGACUCUUCCAAGAAUGUUGGAAACUCGAUUCUCUACGAGGCGGUACGGACGAUUCUGGAUAUCGAGGCGGACUCUGGCUUGCGUGUUCUGGGUGUGAAUAUUCUGGGCAAGUUCUUGACGAACAAGGAUAACAACAUUCGCUACGUCGCGCUGAACACCUUGGUCAAGGUGGUGGCCAUCGAUACCAAUGCCGUACAGAGACAUCGGAACACUAUUUUGGAGUGUCUGAGGGAUCCCGAUAUCAGCAUCAGGAGAAGAGCCUUGGACCUCAGCUUUACCCUCAUCAACGAGAGCAAUGUUCGGGUUCUCAUUAGGGAACUGUUGGCAUUCUUGGAGGUGGCUGAUAACGAGUUUAAGCCAACCAUGACCACCCAAAUUGGCGUCGCUGCGGACCGUUAUGCACCAACCAAGAGGUGGCAAUUCGAUACCAUGUUGCGCGUGCUGAGCUUGGCGGGCAAUUACGUGAAGGAGCCGAUCUUGUCGUCCUUCGUUCGUCUUAUCGCCACAACCCCUGAGCUUCAGACGUAUGCCGUACAAAAGCUUUACGCGAAUCUCAAAAUGGACAUCACACAGGAGAGCUUGACACAAGCCGGUGCUUGGUGUAUUGGUGAGUAUGGCGAUGCUCUGCUCCGUGGUCAGUACGAGGAGGAGGAAUUGGUGAAGGAAGUCAAGGAGCACGAAAUCGUUGAUCUGUUCUCCACCAUUCUUAGCAGCAGUUAUGGUACUCAGGUUACCACCGAGUAUGUGAUCACAGCCUUGGUCAAACUCACGACCAGGUUCUCCGAGCCAGCACAGAUCGAACGGAUACGGCGCCUGUUACAAAACCACCAGACAAGUUUGGACGUCGAGGUGCAACAACGUGCGGUUGAGUUCAGCAACCUGUUUUCAUACGACGACAUUCGCCGUGGUGUGCUCGAGAAGAUGCCGCCUCCUCAGAUCAAGGAAUCAUCACGAGUACUUGGCGAAGCGGCGAAGAAGACGAAGAAGGCGGACAACAGGAAGUCCAAGUCUCUCAAGCCGAAAGAGGAGGAUCUUCUUUUCGACCUCAUGGGCGAUAGCGGACCAUCGGCCCCGUCGCCAGUCAAUGGCACUCAGAACGCGGAUUUGCUUGCGGAUAUUCUUGGAGGAGCCAGCGCCCCGGCUCCUACCAGCUCUUCGCCAGCUCCGGCACAGUCCAAUGUGGCCUCGAUCAUGGAUCUCUUUUCGCAAGGACCAACGUCCACGCCACCUCCCGGCCCGGCUGCUGCCGCCCCUCCACCCAGCGCUGCCCUCUUCUCCAUGGAUGCUGUCCCAGCACCACAGGCGGCCGCUGCUCCUGCUGCCCCAGUUGGAUACCCAUGUUACGACAACAACGGCCUGAACGUGACUAUCCAGACACAAAGAAACGCGGAAGGCACAGUUCAGGCCAUCGCCAGAUUCAAGAACACGUCUGGGGCCCCUCUCUCCAAUGUUGGGCUGCAGGCUGCUGUGCCAAAAUCACAGAAGUUGCAGUUACUCAGCAUUUCAUCGACAGAUGUGGCGCAUGGUGCUGAGGCCACACAAAUGAUGAGGGUAGCGGGUUGCAAGGGGCCUCUGCGCUUGCGCUUGAAGAUUGGGUAUACUCACCCCGGGGCGGGACAGGUAAUGGAUGUGGUUGCUUGGCAGGAGCCUGCUUAAUGGUGUCAUGCUAGCGAUGGUUGGUUUCUAUAGUGCGGAGAAGAGGGAUUCGGGUGGGCGUUUUCUGUCACGUAUGGAUGGUUGUGAUGGCUGCGGGGCGUCGGACGGUUAACAGCACAAUAAAACAUCAUGGAGGGGGGAAAGCGUGGUAACCUAAAUAUAUUACUGGUGUGAGUUGAUAGUGGUGAUGACUCCAAGAAUCCAGAUUAUACCGUGAUGAUAGUGUGACCUUGCCUUAGGUGCAAGAUAUUGGCGGCUCUUCGAAACAGCUUCCAAAACAUAAGUACCCAAAAC